AUGGUUACAAAUACUUCAAUCACACCAACCCAAUUGCGACAUGUCAAUGUGUCCAGCAGUUGCACCGACGUUCUUAAAGUCCUUCGCGAGGACGGCGGUGUAAUCAUCAAAGGCCUUUUGUCUCAGGAUCAAGUUGAUCGCAUGAACCAAGACAUUCAGCCCGCCAUGGACCAGCUAGCUGCUGGCUCAACACACAGCGAUGAAUGGACCCAGCAGUUCCACGGUACCAACACCAAGAGGUUAACCAACCUCGUCACCAUCAGUCAGACUUUUCGUCAAGAUAUUCUGGAUAACGACAUUAUUCACCAUCUUUGCGAAGCUGUCUUUCUCCAAGACUCAGGCACGUAUUGGCUAAACACGGCGCAAGUUAUCGAGAUUGGACCGGGAAACAAGGCCCAGGAGCUGCACCGUGACCAAGUGCAGUAUCCCAUCUUUACACACUGCGGCCCUGAUGCCCCUGAAGCUUGUGUCAACUUCAUGAUUGCCCUGACCGAUUUUACCCAGGAAAAUGGGGCCACGAGGGUCAUCCCUGGGAGCCACAGAUGGCCAGAUCUCAAGAACAAUGGAUCGCCAGAUGAUACAGUUCCAGCUAUCAUGGCCCCAGGGGAUGCUUGCUUCAUAAACGGUAAAGUCGUACAUGGAGGUGGUGCGAAUCGCACCCAAGACUUCAAGAGACGGGGCAUCGCUCUCAGCUUCCAGUGCUCGUACUUGACCCCCGAAGAAGCGUACCCUUUCAUUGUUGAGAAGGCUUUGGCAGAGCAGCUCAGUGAGCGCGGUCAAAGAAUGAUUGCCUUUCGUUCUCAGUUUCCCAAGGACAGCCCGGGGCUUUGGCAGAGCAACUAUGGGGAAAUAGCCAACGUAAUUGGAAUUUGA